AUGCAAAGGGUGUGGGUAUGUAUCUUUGAAGAUGGGAUGGUUAUCAACCAAAUGACACCUUUGGGUAUCGUGGGUACUAGAAGUUUUUGGAGAAUAAUCCGGGUAAUGUUUGGAUUGGAGCCUCGAACACUAGAAGCCAUUGCUUCUCAAUUCAAGAUCAACAACCAACAAUAUUCUCUUUGGAAGACAUAUUUGAUUAAGGCUAUUGCAAACCUUGCAAGUGGCUCCAAUUUAAACGACUUGCCUUCCCACGUGAACUAA